GGCGCCCGCGCCGCCUUCUCCGCGCCCCGGGCUGCAGCGCUCCCUCCUCACCGGCGGCGGGCGGCACCGGAGCGGGCGGACCCGGACCUCAGGCGGCGGGAUGGCGGCGGCGUGCGCACCCCCGGCCAGGCCCAGCCUCACGUCCAUCUCGUCGGGGGAGCUGCGCAGCCUGUGGACGUGCGACUGCGAGCUGGCGCUGCUGCCCGUGGCCCAGCUGCUGCGCCUGCUGCCCGGCGCCCUCCCGCUGCGCGGGGACCAGCCCGCAGCACCCGGGGCCGGGGAGGCGGCCGCCGCCAGCGGGGGCUUCAACGUCUUCGCCGACGGCCUGGUGCGCGUGGACGGGCAGCUCUGCCGCCUCGGCCGCUACAUCAAGAGGUAUGUGGAACUGACCAACUACUGCGAUUAUAAGGACUACAGGGAGACUAUACUGAGCAAACCAAUGCUGUUCUUUAUCAAUGUACAGACCAGAAAAGACACCUCCAAAGAAAGAACAUAUGCCUUCCUUGUUAACACAAGGCACCCUAAGAUAAGAAGGCAGAUAGAGCAAGGGAUGGACAUGGUCAUUUCCUCAGUGAUUGGAGAAAGCUACCGGCUCCAGUUUGAUUUUCAAGAAGCAGUAAAGAAUUAUUUUCCUCCAGGAAAUGAGGUUCUUAAUGGAGAAAAUUUGAGCUUUGCCUAUGAGUUCAAAGCUGAUGCAUUAUUUGAUUUCUUCUAUUGGUUUGGGCUCAGCAAUUCCACUGUAAAGGUGAAUGGAAAAGUUCUGAAUUUGUCAAGUACAAGACCAGAAAAGAAGGAGACAAUUAAAUUAUUUCUGGAAAAAAUGAGUGAACCAUUAAUUCGAAGGAGCAGUUUCUCUGACCGAAAAUUCAGUGUAACUUCUAGAGGUUCAAUAGAUGACGUUUUUAACUGCAGUUUGUCACCCAGAUCAUCUUUGACGGAGCCUCUUUUGGCAGAAUUACCAUUUCCAAGUGUUCUGGAAUCUGAAGAGACACCUAACCAAUUUAUCUGAUUGGACUGAACAUGGUCUAGUUCCUUCUACACUCCAGACCAACUGGAGGUUGAGGGGAGGAGGGAAGAUGUGGGAGGCAGGCCUUCUACCCUCUGGUCCACCCUCUGCUCCUCCAAGCAAGUGCUCCUCUCACAUUUCCCUGGGUGCUGCCUUGCCCUGGCAGGCUCCAUGUAGCUGACUUCAGGAUGGGAGGGCACUGCCCUCAUGGCUGGGUAUCCCCUCCUGAACACUUGUCC